AAUCUGCUCAUCACAGUCAAGAUGCUGAUAAUAUUCUACUGUGUUAUUCUCUCUCUUCUGUCAUGUGUCAGAUGUGUGAAAGUGGUCACACAGAAACCUCCAAUACUGACAGAACAAAAAGGGAGAUCUGUGACUAUGGACUGUAACAUUGAAAAGGCAGAGAGUUAUUAUGUCAGCUGGUAUAAACAGAUUCCAAACGCAGCUCCUCAGUUUGUGUUGAGAUACUAUCAUUCUCACAGCUCCCCUGAUAAAUAUGGAGAUGGUUUUACCUCUAGCCGCUUCACAUCUAAAGCUCAGUCAGAUAUUGACUAUCAGCUGAUCAUCAGUAAUGUGGAUGUGGAUGAUUCUGCAGUGUAUUACUGUAAGACAUAUGACAGCUCUGUUAGUGAGUACGUAUUCGGACAAGGAACAAAACUCACUGUGAAUGAUGCUGCUGCUGCUGCUCCUGUGCUGAACAUCCUCCGUGCGUCCAGAGAAGAGCUGAGCUCCAGUAAAGUCACUCUGGUGUGUCUGAUCAAUCACAUGUCUGGGGCUUUUGCUGAUGUGCGUUGGCUUGUGAAUGGGAACUCAGUUACUGAAGGCGUCUUCACUGGAUCUGCUGAACAGCAGCCUGAUAAGAAGUUCAAGAUGAGCAGUUAUUUAAGCAUUGAGAGCUCAGAGUGGGACAAAGACACACAGCUGAUAUGUGAAGCGACUGCUGCCUCAAAAACCACCAGCAAAAGCAUCAAGAAAUCUGACUGCAGCGACUGAACUGCUUGAUCUCCUCUUGAUUUAUAUGAGUAAUUCAGUUUGUUUGCAUAGAGUAGAAGAAAAUAUGGAUAGAAACGAUUAAAAAUAAAGAAAGUAUUGGUUGCUUCAUUUUCUGAAUGUCAUUUUAUGUUUGAAUGUACAUUAUUGUGCUUUAUAAACUCAAAUAAAC